AAAGUAUAGCCUACUGGUUUGCUUCUUUGUCGUGACAAAAUUGGACAAUUAAUAGCUCAAAUGGAAGAAAGACCUGUGAAUGCGACAUGACGACCAACCAAUGCAGCAAGUCUUAUUUGCGCACAACUGACGGCUGUCUAGCCGAGAAAUGAAUGGGGUAUAAGUUAUAAGGGCACAACUCGUCCGUUGUCCAACUCUAGGCUCGUUUCUCUCAUCAGCUAAUAUAGGAGAUACAAACCAAAACCAAACAAGGCUGAAACAAAAAACAAGUUGGUGCUACCGGCUGUUUUUCAGUGUACACAAAGGCGAGGUAUCAGCCAUAAGGGCGAGUUUUCUCUACCAUCGACUUCCUUUCACUCGUUUGUCCAACUGCGUGAAAAUCUGAUAAUUGGGCAGUCGCAGUUUCCCCAACGCAUCACGCAGAUGAAAAGAAAUCGCGGCCGUUUAUAAAAGCCAAGCUUUGCUCUCCGGAACGUCACACAAGUCAUCAACUCUUGGCUCUGUCGACAAGUCAUCCUGACUCACGUCAUUUUCGCCGACUGCUGCAAGACACAUCGUUGCGACCCUUAUUCGCAAAUCAUGUUUCAAAUGCUCAAAAAUGUGCUGCUGAUGUUCGUCAUUCUGGUGGCCGUCACAUCAGCCGAUGAGGAAACCCAAAGGCAAGAUAUGGUAUUGGCUCCGGCCAAAUAUCAGGUCAACAUUCCCGUGACUUAUCAUUCAACCAGACACCACGGUGCGGGCUACGGAGCGAGCUACGGUGCGAGCAACGCGUACGGCUGGUACGGACACGGUGUCAAAGCUGCGGUUCGACCUCUUCCUAGUCCGUCUUACUCUCAUCACCGCUACGUCAGCAACGGAUACGGCGUUCCGCAUUCGGCGCCCAUAUUUCGAUGGGAUGCAACGCAUCCGAAAACCAAAGGAGGGAAGCGUCGACCUCACGGCCACUACGCCAAAGGCGGACACCACGGCAAAGGCGGAUACCACGCCAAAGGUGGAUAUCGCGGUAAAGCCGUCCAUGUCAUUCACGUCGUUCACACCGGCUAUGUCAAACCAGCCGGCGUGAAAGGGUCCGGUGGAUACGCAUAUAGCGCACCACCCACUCCUGCCAAGGGCGGCCCAUACAAACAGACUCCGUUCACUGCCUUCAAACCGACAAAGUUGAACGACGAAGCGGAUAACGUCGCACCUGUCGUUCCGCUAGUGACAGCCGUUGCUCCCGCUGUUGCAGCCGUUGCUCCCGCUGUUGCAGCUGCUCCCGUAGCAGCCGAAGUAGUUGCUGUUGCGCCCGUUGUUGAGCCCGUGGUCGAGCCUGUUGUUGUGCCCGUGGUCGAGCCUGUUGUUGUGCCCGUGGUCGAGCCGGCCUUUGCGCCCGUCGUGGAGGCCAUUGUCACGCCCGUCGUUACAGCCGCCCCGGUAGUGACGGCCAUUUAUACGCACGCGUACAAAACUGUCCCCACCGUUGCACCCGUAGCAGUUCCGGAGGUAGUCGUACCUGUUCCAGUCAUCCCGGAGGUCAUCGUACCGACCCCAGUAGUUGCCGAAAUUGUUGCUCCUGUAGUUGCCGAAGUUGUUGCUCCUGUAGUUGCCGAAGUUAUUGCUCCUGUAGUUGCUGAACUGGAUGCCCCUGCAGUAACUGAAGUCGUUGCUCCUGUCGAGGAAGUAGCGGUCACAGAGGUAGAGAGUGUCACGGAAGUAAGCGGGCAAGCUCCGGAAGAAGCGGACACUGCGACGGAGAACGGAGCCGAAGAAGGCAAUGAAGACGGUGACAAGAGCAAGCAGGAAGGUGGUAAAGUUAGUGAAGAAGAAGGAGGCAGCGAUGAACGUUAAAAAAAAAUAAAAUUAAAGUAAUUCGUAUGAUUCAAUGUAUCAACCCGGCUGCCGUAGUGAGACUUGCUGGAUAGGAACGUUGGUUUCACGUUGGAAACCGACAAUCUCGCUGCGUUGACGGAACUCGAUUCAUUUUCUCUUUUUCAAUUUAACUCAUUUCAGAAAUCAAUUCAGACGACUAAAUCAACAAAAGCUGUGCUAAAAAGUCACAAUUGAAAUAUGUAACAUCAUUACAAACAUGUUUUUAAAUGUCACAUUGCAUCUCAAUACUCUCACGAGUUGUACCCGUGGGAUCAUCUUUCUACACAAUACACAAACCUGUUAUUCACACAUGCAAA